GCAAGCAAAACUAGCGGUAUCAGCCGACGGAGGAAGCUGGAAGCCAACCGCGCAGGAAGUCGUCGUCACCACGAGGUGCUGGAUUUUGACUUGCUACCGAAAUCCAGCAAGCUAGCCGCAAAGUGCAACCCCCCUUCGCCGCGGCCGCGCCACGCCGCCGAUGAGAUCCACGCCGCCCAGAUCCAAGCCCUUGUAGAACCGGCGGCAGCCAGCGCCCAUGGGGGACUGCGUCGUGGAGAACGGCCACGCCCACCCGAAGGAAGCGGACGCGGCCGUCGAGCCCGCGGAGGGCGCCCGCGAGCCGCAGGAGACGGGCAGCGGGCAGCGGAAGCAAGGCGGGAUACGCAGGGAGCCGUCCUUCUCGCGGUGGUGCAAGGACCCCUCCGCAGCGUCCAAUGCCCCCGCACCCGCAGGCGCCGCCGCUCCGCCAGCCUCCGCGGCGAGCGACGAUGAUUCGGAGGAGUUCGAGCUGCCGCUCCUGCCAUCCGCGGCCGCCGCUGGCCCGGGCGGUGCCGGCCACCACUUGCCGAUGGAUAUCGAGGCGGGCGCGGCGGCGGGAUCUGACGACCUCCCGCUCUCGCCGUGGCUGAUCGCGAAGGUUAUAUUCCUGAUAGCGAGCUGGUACACGCUGAGUACCUGCUUGACGCUGUAUAACAAGGAGAUGCUUGGGAAGCGCAUGUGGAAGUUCCCUGCGCCCUUCCUGAUGAACACGGUGCAUUUCACGAUGCAGGCCGUGGCAUCCAGGGUGAUCCUCUGGUUCCAGCGUCGGGGCCUCGAGGAAGAGCGCAAUGCAAUGUCAUGGAGAGAUUACUUUCUGCGAGUUGUCCCAACAGCUUUGGCUACUGCUCUUGAUAUUAAUCUGAGCAACAUUUCACUUGUUUUCAUUUCCGUGACAUUUGCUACAAUGUGUAAAUCUGCUGCUCCAAUUUUCAUUCUUCUCUUUGCUUUCCUAUUCAGGCUAGAGAAGCCGAGCUUUAACAUUAUUGGAAUCAUGCUAAUCGUUUCCUUCGGAGUUCUACUGACAGUUGCUAGAGAGACAGAAUUUAAUCUUUGGGGAUUUAUAUUUAUUAUGCUUGCUGCUGUUAUGUCUGGUUUCCGCUGGUGCAUGACACAGAUUCUCCUCCAGAAAGAGGAAUAUGGAUUAAAGAAUCCCUUUACCUUAAUGAGUUAUGUUACCCCGGUGAUGGCAGUAACAACUGCAAUUCUCUCCAUUGCGAUGGAUCCAUGGCAUGACUUCAGGGCAAGUCAUUUUUUUGAUAGCUCGGCUCACAUACUAAAAAGCAGCUUAUUGAUGCUUCUAGGUGGUUCUUUGGCCUUCUUCAUGGUUUUGACAGAAUAUGUUCUGGUUUCUGUAACAAGUGCUGUAACAGUGACCAUAGCUGGGAUUGUUAAGGAAGCUGUCACAAUUUUGGUUGCUGUGCUUUUCUUCAAUGAUCCAUUCACCUGGUUGAAGGGACUUGGGCUGGCAACAAUAAUAUUUGGUGUCAGUCUGUUCAAUCUGUACAAGUAUCAUAGGUUCAAGAAAGGUCAUCACAGUAAACAUGUUGACCCAAAUUUCCAGCCAUCAAAUGGUGCCUCGAAAUAUGUUAUUCUUGAUGAUGAUACAGAAGAUCAUGAUGAUACAGGCUGAUCUAAAUAUGAAAGGAAUUUCAUGGAGUGGUGUAUCCUGCGCAUGAGGCUGCUACCGUGAUCUUGGUUUCAGAGACACACCACUUCUUGCUUGUGUGUUCUUCCACGGCUUUGUGGAGCUGUGCAUGAGCAUAAUCAUGUGAUGGAUCAUAUUGCUGAUUGAGAAGACACACUGAUACAGGUAGCAGCAGAAAGAUUUUGUCACUCAGAAACAGAAUGGUGCAUAUCAGGUAUAUGAUGUCCACACCAAGAGCUGUGCAGAAACUGUAUAUUAUAAAUGAAGAAUAUUUUGCAACCCGUUAGAAACACACAUUAACUGGAAGUGGGAAGAGCUCAAUUUUGGUCCCAAGUUCUGAGUCUUCUAUGGAAUAGUUUGCCCUGCGAAAUAUAUACUCCUAUGUUUUUAGCUCAUUGAAUACAUGAGGAAGUGUAAAUAUUAGAUGCGAAAAUUCAGUGUCCUUCUAUGUUGA